AUUCGCUAUUUCUAGGACUGCAAGGCCCCUACCACAUUAGUGCCAUGAUCAGGAUGUCGUUUGUCCGUCACUGGAAACAUCUGCUGAUCACGUACAGCUCAGGCACCUUCUCGAGUGUGCUAGCGUUCCUUUCGUUUGCGGCACAACGGACUAAUCAAGGUGUACACACUACGAUAAAGCGCUAGCGGUCUUUAACUGUGUUUCGAUUUGAGUAGAGACCUUUCAACAGCAAAUCGUACCGUUUGCUGCCUCUGUGUAUUCAGUGUCAGAAAGCUGCAUACUUCUUUUCGGACUCGUCUGCGCGUGCAAUUUUUUUCGCCUUAGAGCGUCUAAUGUCUCACAGUUAGGAUGGAGUCAGCUUCAACCGUCGACCUUAUCAACAACUACGCCAAGGAAAAUCACAAUGGAGUUCUUAGAUGCGAGAUUCACGAGUUCAAAGGACGGGUUCUGUACGCGACCGGUAACAGUCAAGCCGGAGAAACACUCCUGAGAGAGCCCCCGCUACAUUCAGUGCGGGCGGACCCAAACAAUCCGCUCUACAAAGAGCUGGAGGCUCUUUGCAAGGAAAGCAAUUUCCACCUCGAGCCAAUAUGGUACUGGUGCGCCUUGAACUCGCUCAUUCUCGACACGCAGCCACCUGUUUCAGGACUCUUGUCGAUCACGCAGAGACAGUCUGAGCUUCUCCGGGUGCUCCACGUCCCCUCAGAGAUCACCCCUUGCACGGAAGUCAAAAAGAUCAUUCGCGCGUUUCGCCUCGAAAACCGAACCACCCCUGAGGACUUGGAGCUUCUUCUCCAGAUCUGGAUCCACAACUGCUUCGAACAGUUCGAGGACCCUGUGGGCUACGUGAUCUACUUUAUGCCGUCGUUCAGUUCCCACUCGUGUCUGCCGAAUGCGCUUUGGUUUACGGACGAAGACCACACCUUCGUUCUUCGGACUCGCGCAGAUAUCGCGGCUGGGGACGAGGUCACGCUGACUUAUCUCUCCGAAGACGACCUCAUGCGGCCGACUCUGCAACGCCGAAAAGUCCUGAGUGAAACUAAGGACUUCAUCUGCACUUGCGAACGAUGCUCAGCGCCUGUGGACUUUUCGCGGGGUUUCCGGUGCCCAGCCUGUGGCAUCGGCUCCAUCUACGUCGAGCCAGACGCGGAACUCACACUGGAGGAGAUCGAGGAAGUCUUCUCGUCUGCUGGCAACCAAACGAUUGAGGCUUUUCUCCCAUGGGAUCUUCAAAGAAUGAGUUCUCUUCCCACGAAAAGGUCGUCUGCUUCGUCUGUGUCUUCUCCGGAGGCGGGGGGAUCGGUGGCUUUCUCCGCGUCUUCUGACCAUGUGUCUGAGAGCAUGGCUGUAGACGACUGUCAGAACCGCGAGGAUGCUUCAGCUUCUUUGUCUCGCCCAAAAUCUCUCUCGCUCUCUUUGCUCGCGCCCUCAUCCCCUGCUGCCGAAGCGUUGAUCCCGCUGACGGUCUGGAUGUGUCUCCUUGUCCCGGGGCUCGCUGGGGCGCGCCUCGCAGGCGGUCGGCGGGCCUCCGCAUGCGCAGAUGCAUGCGUCACGCCCGUCGGUCCCGAACUGUCCCUGGAGUUGUCAGACGCUGGCAACUCACCAUGCAGGGAUCGGCAACGCAAGCAGGCACUGCCUCUAGGAACGCAAAUCCGGAACGGUUCAGAGAGGAACCCAGAGGGCCUUUCGCCGCCUGAGCGGUGUCGAGCCGUCCUGACUCGGGUCCAUCGAUCUGUCGCUUCGCUGCCGACGGUCACGCGCAUGCAACAAAUCUCCCCGAACUCAUGUGUUCUGUGCAAGAAGGAGUGGACGCACUCGGACAGGAUGAAGGGCCUUGCUCUCGAGGCGCUCCUCGGACGCUGGGCGAACCCGCAAGAAGAGGCAGGUGCUGUGGAGGGUGCGGAAGAUCCAGAACCAAAACAUGAAGAAGCACUCGACGCGACCAAAGCUGAGGAGGCGAACGACGACCAGGAUUUCGUUGGGGAAAACGGCAAGGGACGCGCAUGCAAGGCCGACGAGAGAGGCCGGAGGGCCUCUCGAGGAGUGCGAUGCAGCGGCGCAGAGGAGGAACAGAACGAUCGAGAAGGAGGCGACACCCGAAGAGACGAGCCGUCAGAGAACGGACGGAGUGGUCAAGGCGUGCCUGAAGAAGACAAGCAAGAGGGCGACACAAAUGAAGCAGAGGCCGACCCGACACCGAAAGCUUCUCGACGAAAGGGAAAAACGAAACUCGAAUUCGAAGGAGUCGAUGGUACAGACAGCUCAGUGCAGAGCCAACAUCGGCGGUGGCUCAUGAAAAAGCGAGUCUCUUCUCUCAAGCGGUUGCUGAAAAAAAGUUGGCGGCGGCAUCUGUCUGAGGACCAGCGGCACAGCCUGGAUGUCCUGCUCCCGGAGAUCUUCCAAUUUCAUUGGCAUCUUGUAUGCUGGCUGAAGGCGCAGGCAGCGGUCUCGACAGGCGCCGAGAAAGUGACCAUGCAAGACGCAAUUGUGUACCAACAACGAAAUCUGUAUCCGGGACUGAAUGCUGCUCUCGGGUGGUCACUCGACGAAAUGGCGGAAAUUCUGCUCUUGGCUUACCAGGAUCAGCCCGACAAGCCGAUAAAAAUGUCGCCUACCAGCAUGAAGGCAUUGAUUCAGGACCGCUCGAUUUUGGCUGCGUACGACGAAGCUGUGUCUAUCCUUGGCACUCUGUUCGAAACGAAUCACCAGUUUGUGACAGACGUGACAAAGAAGUUGAGCAUCCUGUCAGACUGGAUCCGCGGGUCUGGACUCGAAAUGGACCCCCUAGCCUCUCCGUGGCUAAAUGCAGGACAUCGUUUCUUUCAGAGAUCCUACAGUGGACGGACUACCCCCGGUUUGCUUUGCAUGUCUGGCAGCGCACCGUCGUGGGCCAUUGUGGAACGCAGUUUCCAACUUCCUAAGCUGUGAUCCGCCUCACGGUUGGUAGGGGCGGUGAGACGCACCCCUUGUCAGUGAAAUGUGCAGCCUGUGACUUCCUGAACGGAAUCGAAGCCGCCGAUGCGCACACCAGUGCUCAGCUGUUCUUCUUUUCCCAGUGGCCAGUGAGACGUGUAAUAGAAUGAAGACGGAUAUCUAGUCAAGUGUGUCCGCUUAUGGCACUGCCUGUCUACAAGGAAAACAGAGCAGAUGCCAGCUACGUCUGGACGCAACGUCGCUACGAUGUUGGCCAUGGGGGUGCGCCGGACUGGCACGACAGGGAGGUGUACAUACACCCGUGGAGUGUGGGCAAACGCUGAGGUGCCUCGAUCGACUAGUGCGUCGAACCAGGCUGAGUAGCCAAGAAGGGUCAACGCCCGUGCCGGAGUAAACGCCGGUCUGUGCAUGUGCAUUGAACGCUCUCGAACUGUUAACGUCGCUAGGUACUGUAGAGACGUUAAGCAACGUGAGCGAUAAAACCAGCGUCGUUAAGGCAAUCGGCGUAGUGUGUCCAGCGGAAUUCGAUCUGCAUAUCGGCAGAGUAAGGGGGCUGCGAGGCCACUCUGACGAUCAACUUCUUACGCAUGACCUGGUGAUGCGUCACCAUCAGAAAACCCAUUUAUUGUCGAAGGUCAAAGAUAUGUGCUGGACUAACUCCCCGAAGGUGGAGGGCCUACAUAUCUGGUUACACUGUGUGAUAUCGAGCGUUAUGCCCUACGUAACCUAAAACGAUUCCCCGUGCUUCGGUAACGCAAAGGACUUCAAAACGUAGAAGCUGGUUGAGGGGCCAAGAAAACAAGGCAGGAAGCUUGUCUUUCUAAAGAAGUGUGUAGAGAGCGUCUGGGUUGUUUCGUUGUCUUUUGGUGAGAUGUGACAAAACAACGGACGCGCAAAUGAAGUUGAAACACCCUACCGCAG